AAGUCAUAACAAAUGCUUUUGCUCGGCCCUCGGCGAGUGUUUUUCUUCGCCUCGUUCACUGCGCGGAGCGGAUUUUAGUUUUUUGCGAAAAAAAAGUUAAAGAACUUCUGUUUAUUUAGUCAUAUUUCUUGUGUAGUUUUGUACUUGAUUGCCGUUCCGUCAUGGGUAUUCUGGAGAAAAUCUCAGAUAUCGAGAAGGAAAUCGCAAAAACACAAAAGAACAAAGCCACCGAGUAUCAUUUGGGACUGUUGAAGGCAAAGCUUGCCAAGUACCGGUCGCAACUGCUUGAACCCUCGAAGAAAGGCGAAAAGGGAGAAGGUUUCGAUGUGCUGAAAUCCGGCGAUGCUAGAAUUGCUUUAAUCGGGUUCCCAUCGGUCGGUAAGUCCACGCUACUGUCGACACUGACCAAAACGGAAUCCGAAGCGGCCAAUUAUGAGUUUACCACGUUGACUUGCAUUCCGGGUGUUAUCGAGUACAAGGGUGCGAAUAUCCAACUGCUGGAUUUGCCGGGAAUCAUUGAGGGUGCCGCUCAGGGCAAAGGUCGUGGUCGGCAAGUCAUAGCUGUGGCUCGAACGGCCGAUUUGGUGCUGAUGAUGCUGGAUGCUACGAAGCCUAAUGUGCACCGGGAGCUGCUGGAGUACGAGUUGGAAUCGGUGGGACUGAGAUUAAACAAGCGGAAGCCGAACAUCUACUUCAAGAUCAAGAAAGGUGGUGGCGUGAGCUUCAACGCGACAUGCACCCUGACGAGAUGCAACGAAAAAAUGGUGCAGACGAUUUUGCACUCAUUCAAGAUCUUCAACGCGGAAGUGCUGUUCCGUGAGGAUUGCACGGAGGAUGAAUUCAUCGAUGUGGUCACCGGCAAUCGGAUUUAUUUGCCGUGCAUUUAUGUUUACAACAAGAUCGAUCAGAUUUCCAUCGAAGAGGUGGAUCGUUUGGCACGGCAGGAUUUCAGCGUCGUUGUCAGCUGUAAUAUGCAUCUGAAUUUGGACUAUCUGUUGGAGGUGCUGUGGGAGCACCUGAUGCUGAUUAGGGUGUACACGAAGAAACCUGGUGCGCCUCCAGAUUUCGACGAUGGUUUGAUUUUGAGAAGGGGUGUUACUGUUGAACACGUGUGCCACGCAAUCCAUCGGACUCUGGCCGAUCAGUUUAAGUAUGCCCUGGUGUGGGGUACUUCGACGAAAUAUUCCCCCCAGCGAGUUGGAAUUUCUCACGUGAUGCAAGACGAAGACGUCAUUCAGGUGGUGAAAAAGUAAAUCAGGUAGGUUUGUUUGGAUGCUCCGGUGCAGCUUUCUCUGGGACAUCAUUUCUAUUUCAUGAUUUUUGCCGAUUACCGACACUACCUGUUGUUUGGGGAUGCUUGAAAAGACUAGGAUUAUUGUUGAAAAAUGAUAAACAGCGCAUGAUAAAACUUGGUUAUUCAUUUAUUAUUACAAUAAACCAAUUCUAUAAUAAA